GGAUGCAGAAAAAGACGUGUCGUGUUGUUGUCCAGCAGGUGGCUCUCUCACACUCUCUUAUUCUUUACACAAGAGAGCAUCUUUUGUAACGUAAACAAGUUAGGAGACCCCACCUCUCCACAAUAGCAGAAAAAAAAAAAAGUUGUUAAAAAGUUCUUGGUACAAUUCAGAGCAAAGGGAAGACGACAUUACUCUUUUUAUAUGUUUUUAAAGAGUAUCUAUUAGCACGUAAGCCUGUCGAAACAGCUAGCUAACUUUGCUAACUGCACACCGUGGCAAGCGCGAUAUCAACGACAUAAUUUUUAGCUUGCGAAAACGAGAUAACGUAACAUAAUAGUUUAGAUUUUUUUUUUUUUAAAAAAAAUGUCUCUUCUGAGGAAUCACAAGGUUGUGCGCGUUUUGCUCAUUGUUUUUUCUCAGGUCGCUUACGUUGCUGCUUUGAUUAUCAACGCACUCGCGGGACCAGGAAAAGGUCCAUUUCGGCGCAGCACUGGGAAUAUAUCAGACAGAUACCAGACAGAGAUCACCCCAGCCGGAUGGACCUUCUCUAUAUGGGGGGUCAUAUAUUCCUGGCUCUUCCUGAUGAACGCAUAUAUCCUGACCUGGCUCUUUAGAGGGUUGUACUCAAGCCCAGCAAUCCUGCCCUCGGAAUUCUUUCUCUCGUGGAUCAUCAACAUGAUUCUGAACAGUACCUGGCUGGUCUUGUGGGAUAGAGAGUUGAUGAUUCCCGCACUGAUUGUUCUUGCCCUGAUUGCUUUCACCAACUACCUGAUGAUCUUCUUCUCUUGUCUCGGUCUACGGGAUCGUGGAUCUUGGCUGAAACGGCAGCACCCAAAAGACCUGUUCUGCAUCAUAGUGUUGGUUCAAAAUGGCAUUGCCACCUAUGCGACAUGGACAACUAUUGCCACACUUCUCAACUUCACUAUUGUGUUGGAUCUGGCGUCCGUUUCUCCAACACAUGCUGCUACUGCUUCUUUGUGCAUACUUCUCUUGGAAGUAAUGAUAUGGUUUACGGUUGAAAACUUUCUAGUAGAGAAGCACGUCCGUUACAUCCUCAGCGUUUACCCUGUGAUUAUCUACGCUCUAAUUGGAAGUCUAAGCAAGCAUUACGUCGCAGCAGGACCCGGCCGGAACGCCGUCUUUUCAAUGGUGCUGCUGGUGUUGGCCUGUGUUGUGUUAGUGGUGCGUGUGGGGCUGGUGCUUUGGAGACACAGGACUAAGCCUCUCUUCCGCGAAGUAAGUCCUGAGGUCCUGAUGUCGGCAAACAGCAGCACUGAUAAAUAACCACAUAACCACUAAACACUCAAGAAAGCUUCCAAGAUGAACGGUAACCCUUCCAGGUGUGCAGUACCUGCAUGAAUGUAUCUCAGCUGGAACGGAUGUCUUUUUCAAACUUUUAUGGAAAAUAUGCAUGAAACGGCAUACAGUAACAACAUUAUAUCCGUUUUGGGACAUUAAUUGUGCUGAUUUUGUUUUAUAUUACUCUACCAUUCUAACAUUAAAAUAAAAGUGCUUUAUUUUUGAUCAAAAACGCAUUAAUAUAGUAUUAUGAAUGACUAUUAACACUAUUUACAACAGCUUUUUAUUUUAUUUUCAUAUAUGUUAUAAUGUAUUUGAGUGUAUGCAUUUAUGUACAAUAACUUGUGACCAAAUAUCAAUAUUAUACCUGACAGUAUAUUCAUUUACUUGUUACCUUUUUACGUGUCUGUAUGAAUUAACAUUAGUUAUUUAUAUAUUUAGCGAUCCAAAGCAAAAUACAAAUAAGAAAGAAAUUUAUUACUGUAUCAAAAGCAGUAUAUAAGAGCCAACAAUAAUCAUAAUGCCGUGUUUCAAGACUAAGUAAACACAAAAAGACAAGUAAAACGUUA